UUAAAGGCGGGUAAGCUCUGAUUCAACUACAAGCGUACAAAUUAGUUUAUCGGUUUAUCCUUCACUUGCUCUUGCUACUCUGUCUUUCUCUCUCUUCUUUAUUCUCUCUUGAGCUUUUAGUAUAUGUUUUGGCAUUGAUUCUCUCACCUUCUGUGCGCCUAAUUUGACAGACAGCUUUAAUUAAUCGACUCGACUUCUGCAAGAACGCGUUGAAUUGGUUUUUGGAUCGGCCAUAUCUCUCCGACAAAUACAUUUUACUUAAGAAUCCGAUGGAAGAGAAGCAAUUGGAUUUUAAUCAGCCAUUUUUGUCAGUAAGGCGGUUCACAUCAACAGUGGCCUCCUCUGAAGCUGACAACAAAAGGAAAACCGACAAAUCACGGCCUAAAAUACCGUCUCUUCCUGCCUACAGAUCAGAGUUGAAAUCGGGUCCAAUAAGGAACCCAGGAACUGUUCCUUUCUUAUGGGAGAAAACCCCAGGAAAUCCCAAGAAUGAAAGUAAUUUGCAAGCUCAUGCUCCUCAGCGGCCUCCCCUAGCCCCAAAGCUUCCUCCGGGGAGGACUUUUGAUGCUAGAAAGCAAAGUUCUGAUAGAGUUUCUGAUGGUAAAACAGUUACUCAAUCCCAUAGGAACACUACCAUAUCCAGUUCUGGAAACGAGUCGCAUUUGGAUGAGAGUGUUGCUAACUAUGGGAGUUCAAAGGAUGAAAUGGAGGAGACAAGGAGUUCUAGUUCGGAGGAUGGUGAUGAGGCCUAUGUUGAUGCGCUUGAUUCUCUUUCUCGGACUGAAUCAUUUUUCUUAAACUGUAGUAUAAGUGGUGUGAGUGGAUUGGAUGGUCCAGAUACGAAACCCCAUGGGAUUUCCUCAACAGACUUUCAGACUAGGGAUCUAAUGAUGGGUCGAUUCUUGCCUGCAGCAAAGGCAAUGGCUUCAGAAUCGCCUCAGUAUACCUUUAGGAAGCAACUUGUUGCUCGAGAGCAACAACCAAGGCAGGUAAAGAAGUUAGUAAGUGUGGAAAAUCGGCGUCCAGUGAAUCAGACUAGGCCAAAUAACAUGCCACAUUACAUGCAAAGAAAUGGAGUGGAAGAAAGUGAAGAUGAGGAUGAGGAUUAUAAUGGACCUGGAAGUUCAUCCUUUAAGGUUUGUGGGUUACUUCCUCGGUUUUGCUUGCAGUUGAACCCUGUACCCGGGCUGAAAAAGCACACCCAUGGACCUGUAUCUUCUGUCCGCAGAGUACAUGCUAAAUCUUCAUAUGCCAUUUCUUGUACUGAAAGUAGGAGUGAGCAUGGUAAGGGUUCUGGUUUUGAGCACUGCUCAACUACAAUUGAGCUGAAGGAAAAAUUAGGCCAGAUCAGAUAUGGAAGUGAUUCUCAGAAGCUGAACAGGUCAUCUAUGGACAACUUCUUGCAAGGCAAUGGUGGAUCACCUUGCCCUAACGAAUUUCCUGAAUAUUGCCACCAUGACAACAAAGGCUCUCUUGCAAUUUCUGAAGAUUCUAAGGAUUCUGGAAUGAGCAGUUCUGAUCGAUCCUCUAAAGCUGCACGCAAUUUUCGAGAAUUGUUGGCCUGUGAAAGUUCUAAAUGGGAAUCGGAUUCAGCUAGUCCUUUAAUUGAGAAAACUCUAUAUGUAGAUUCUAUACAUAAAGUAAAAUCUCCAGGUUCAAGUUCAAAUUCUUCAGAUAUGAAAGGGAUCAUUGAUUACCAGGUUUAUGAUGUUCAGAUACCAAUGCCAGUCAAAAGCGGGGAGAACGAUGAGAAUUCUUUCUUUAAAGAUAUUGAAAAACUGAAUGUGGUGGGUGGAAAGGCAACGCCACGGCCUGCAAGUUUGGAGUCUGUUGAUUCCUGUUUCCAAUCUUCUUCAGAUAGAUCCUUUCCUGAGGUGCACAUGGAUGUUCCUAAGCAGGAUCUUAUGCAGGAUUCUACGACGUUCACAAGUGCAAAAAUGACUGAAGAAGGAAAGAUUGAUUCAGAAAGUAAUCAAGUUAUCAACCGUGACUAUAUUAUGUCAACAGAUGACGGGAAGAUUGAUCUAGAAGGUCAACUUGCAGUUAAAUCAAGUAAACAAGAAAGUUCUCAUGACAGCCACUCUCAUCUUCCUCUUCCUCCACCUUUACCUCCAUCAGAGUCAUGGCUAAAGCGUACUCUGCCUAGUGUUUCCUCAAGGAAUUCAUCUUCACAAUCACGGUCCUUUCUUGGUAUGAAUUUUCACUCUAAAACUCAGGCUUCCAAGACACCCACUCGGGAUCCCAAGUGGGAAAUGAUUGUUAGAACUAACAAUGCACAGCUCGGGCAAUUGCGACAUUCUGAGGAAAUACUUGCGCCUAUACCAGAAGCUUAGAAGCCUUAAAUUCUUCAUCUUGAGCGUUUUGCUGGACUAUCCAAUGCCUUGAUGGAUCGAAAGCGUUCUGCAUUUCUAUCUGCCAAGGUGCUCAUUUUUCAGUUGCUGUAAUCAACUAUACAACCACCAAGUAGCUGUAAAUUGACAUGCCAAUUCGUUUUUAUAUUAAAAUGUUACAAUCAGCUGUUUACUUGUAAAUCUUUGAGCAAGUUUGUUCAUAUAUGGUUAUUUUCUGGAAAGGGAAUAAAGGAAACCAAGAGCUUUAUUAUAGAAGGAUGUUUAUCUGAGCCAUGUACAUGAACUUUCAUACAUAUAUCUGUAUAAAUAGUGAUUGAAUCUUCUCUGAGUAAAGCAACGGCUAGUUGAUAUUGAUGUGAGAUGUCUUGGGAAAGAUAUUUGAGGGCCAGUUUGAUGUAAAGCAAUGGCUAUGUAAUUGUGAUUUUCCUUUU